AUGUGCUUAGCCAAUGCCAACUGUAAUGGUAAAAUCUGGUAUUUUGUGGCUGGUAAUAUAGAUGUAGAAGUUCUGAUGGACUCCCCUCAACAAAUUACUUUGAAGCUGUUUUUACAAGAUCUGAAUCAGUAUCUUAUUACUACUUUAGUAUAUGCUAAAUGUAGUGCUUCUGAAAGAAUAGAGUUAUGGGAGGAUAUCUAUCAUCUCUCCAAUACCUUAUCUUGUUCUUGGUUAGUAGGAGGAGAUUUCAAUGUGGUUUUGAAUGAUGAAGAGAAGAUAAGGGGCAAUCCUGUUCAACCUCAGGAUAUAGAAGACUUUGCUUUUUGCAUAAUCUCCUGUGAGCUUGAAGAGGUAAAUUUUAAGGGUAGUCCCUUCACCUGGUGGAAUGGUAGAGCAGAUGCAGCAUGUAUUUUUGAGAGAUUGGAUAGGAUGUUGGUGAAUUCAUUGCUUCUGGACAACUUUGGACACAUAGAAGUGGAACAUCUAGCAAGAACUUGUUCAGAUCAUGCUCCACUUAUGUGUAGCUAUGGGGAUAAGCAUCAAAAGCUGGUCAAACCUUUUAAAUUUAUAUCUUUCUGGAUAGAACAUGCAUCUUUCCUAGAUACAGUCAGGCAAAAUUGGUCCAUUUGGGAGCAUGAUGAUCCUUUCAUAAACUUCAAAAGCAAGAUGAAAAAGCUAAAAGGACGGUUAUCCAAAUGGAGUAGGGAAAUGUUUGGAGAUAUAUUCAAGCAGUUGAUCAUAAGGGAGGAAAUAGUGAGGUUAAAGGAACAAUUGUAUGAACAAAACCCAAGCCAAGUAAAUAGAGUGGUUUUGCAGAAAGCUUUGGCUGAGACUAAGAGAUAUUUGCAUUAUGAAGAGGAGUACUCGAGACAAAAAUUAGUAAAGGGAAGAAGGAAGAAAUUGCAGAUCAAAAGAAUUCAAAACUCAGAUGGUUCAAGUAUUGAGGAUGAAGAUCAAAUGGCAGAUGAGGCUGUGCAUUUUUACUCUCAGCAAUUUUCACAAGAAGAGUUAAUUGGAGAUGAAAAUUUGUUUUCACUCAUUCCUGUUUUGAUUGACAAAAACAGAAAUGAUCUUCUUUGUCAAAUGCCUAGUGUUGAUGAAGUAAAAAAAAUUGUGUUCGACCUUAGUGGAGCAAGUGCUAGUGGACCUGAUGGCUUUCCUGGAGUGUUCUACCAGACAUGUUAG